CUUUCUUUAUCAGGGUUAUCGAGGACGCAGGAAGGUUUUGAAGCGCUUGACUGCGCCGAAGUCAUGGAUGCUGGACAAGCUGGGAGGUGUCUUUGCUCCACGACCAAGCACUGGACCCCAUAAGCUGCGUGAAUCACUCCCCCUCAUCGUUUUUCUGAGGAAUCGUCUGAAGUAUGCUCUGACGUAUGAUGAGGUCAAGAAAAUCACCAUGCAGAGACUGAUCAAAGUUGACGGCAAAGUGAGAACUGACAAGGAAUAUCCUACAGGAUUUAUGGAUGUUAUUUCCAUUGAGAGGACAAAUGAGAACUUCCGUCUUCUGUAUGAUGUCAAAGGACGUUUUACCGUUCAUCGCAUCCAGAAAGAGGAGGCCAAGUACAAGCUUUGCCGAGUCCGUCGUGUUGGAGUGGCCUCUAAGGGAGUCCCUUACAUCACCACACAUGACGGACGUACCAUCCGCUACCCUGACCCACUCGUCAAGGUCAACGACACAGUCAUGUUGGAUAUUGCCACAGGAAAAAUUAAGGAUUUCAUCAAGUUUGACUCUGGAAACCUUUGCAUGGUAACUGGAGGUCACAACUUGGGGAGAGUGGGUGUGAUUCAGCACAGAGAGAGACAUCCAGGGUCCUUCGACAUUGUUCACAUUAAAGACUCCCAGGGACAUACAUACGCUACAAGGUUGAGCUACGUGUUUGUUAUUGGAAAAGGGAAUAAGCCUUGGAUUUCACUACCAAAAGGAAAAGGUGUCAAACUGUCUAUUGCAGAGGAGAGAGACAGACGUCUUGCUGCAAAAUCUUCAUAAAUUAUGGACAGUCAAAAAUAAAAAAAAAUAACACAGUCA